CUAUUCAUGUCCCCGUCACUCAGAGCUGGCUCUAGUAUAUAGAAUAUAGCACGUCUAAUGCAUUUGUCCAAACAACUCAAACAAUUGACUUCGACUUCGUAAUGCGUUACCCCUGUGACCGGUCAAUACACUAGUAUAUGUACCUGGUUUGCAUAAAGGACACGUAUGUGAUUUAAGUCUCGGGAUUGAAGUUAUAGGCGAUGGCUCUUACAGGUUGAGGUUUAUAGUUGUAGUCGUUACCUGCUGAUGUGAGGAGGUGGAACAAGGGAUGCAGUUAAGAUGAAACCAAAAUGACAGCAUAUUAUUUACCGGAUGGUCCCAGUGUUGUGAUAGCGUGAGAGGAGAGACAUGCCGGUGGUACUAGCACGGGGGUUGAGGUUCCUCUCGCUAAAGGUGGUCUUCGUCUACGCAUUACUCUCCUGCUCCUUGUUUUAUUACUGGCUGGAAACGGGACUGGUUACAAACGACCCUCAAAAAGUGGACCGACUCUUCGUCCCCCUAGUGGGCAUCGGAGAGGAACUAAGCGCACGACAGGUUAUAAUUCUGACCUAUCAGAGGAGCGGGAGUUCUUUCACCGGAGAGCUCUUCAACAAAAACGACCAUGCUUUUUACCUCUUUGAGCCAAUUUGGGGAUUCUACAAAUCUAUGGAGAAAUAUGGUUCCCUUACGUAUCCGAACGGCACAACAAAACCGGCUCCAAAGCAUGGUAUAGAGUUUGACGAGACCACCCAGAUCGUGGAUGACCUCCUGAACUGCCGCAUGUUUAAUAUUCCAUUAGAUGUGACCGCGCCAUACGAUAUCGUCUUCCAGAUAUUCAGAACAGAUAAAGGUAAAGAAAUCGUAGUACCCAAGGACAACCACGACUUCCAAGCUGGUCUUGGCAGACACCAGAGACUCAAUGACUUCAAGUAUUUCGACUGUCUUAAAUCAAAACGGGGACUGGGAAAGGCGUCAUGUUUACCGUUGAUGCAGGAAGCGUGCAGGACAGCAUCACUAAAGACGCUGAAACUGUUGCGAAUCCGUAUGAACCAAGUGGAGACGCUGAUGCAAAAGAAUCCACGAUUGAAAGUCAUUCAUUUAGUGCGAGAUCCACGGGCUGCUUUAAUCUCCCGCCGCAAGGUGGGCGAGAUGAUAGGGAAUCUCGAGAUGGAGGCCAAUAUGAGAUGUAUGGAGAUUUUGCGAGAUUACAGUACGCGCCAACGUCUAGAGCACGUGUUUCCCAACCGCAUCAUGCAGGUCCGUUACGAAGACCUGGCCGAGUUUCCUACAGAAACGGCUACUGCUAUAUAUGAGUUUUUAGGCUUACCGUUUCCUAAGUCAGUAGAAAAGUGGCUGUUUAACGCCACUCAGAGUGCGGGCAAUGUAACAAAGGGUAUCGGAGACUAUGGCACCGUGCGCAAAAACUCUACUGCUACUGCACAUGCGUGGAUUCAAAAGAUUUCCCCAGCGGAUGCAUUUCAGAUUGACCAAGUAUGCUCUGUGAUAUAUCCUCUCCUUGGCUACCGACCAUAUAAAGAACUGCAGCCAUUACGUAACUUGACGGGAGAGUCUUUAAGCAAUAACGUGCGGGGCUCGUAUGGCUUUUUAUACAAACGGCCCAAACCACCGGUCAAUAUAGACUGGUUUCGUGAAAACCCGUACCAAAAGCAAGUCCAAAAUCAACCGUUCAAUCCUCGACCGCCACCCCCGGGUAUGGGGUUUCGGCCUCCACCGCCUGGCCCGCCCCAGGGAGCGCCAGUCCCGCGUGGCGACCCUCGUGCGGCGAUGGAGAUGUUUCAGCGUCAGAAACAGUGGAAAGCUUUGGCUGAUUUUCAGGCAAAAUAUAGAAACGCUCCGCGGAACAAUAAACCGCAGAUUAAUUUUAUGAAACAUAAAUUGAAAGGUUGAAGAUUUAAUAGGGUACACGUAGCUCUGUUAUUAAGUGGUAUUUUCAAGGAACCUGAAGUUUGUUUAAUUAACAUCUAAUGUAGAAUGAAUGUUUGUUAAUUAACAUGAAUUGCAUUCUCUUAGGACAUAUUUGGACGGAGUAGCCAUCCAACUUGUGUCAUCAGACCGUUUAAAGGAGAAUUUAAAUCUAGUCCUCUCGUCUGAAUUCAUAUUAGUUUGACUUGUUUUAGUACUUUGGUAGUUAUGCGUAACAGUGGGCCAUUCUCCGUUCUGCCAAAAUUUCCUAUUCCUCAUAAAGCAAGUGCAUUUCUCAGGCGUCACUGUUAAGCAAAAUUGCUCAGUUUACCUUUAAAAGUCAUUAUAUAAUUAUUGAAUUUUUAGGCUUAUCUUUUAUGUUAUAAUCAUUCUUAUUCUUAGUUGCAAUUAUGUUCAAUCUUAUGCUCUAAGCAAAUGUCCUAUACUUCAACUCAUUGUUGAGUUCGGCCAAACAGGGUGUGAAAAUGCCUUCUUUGUGGGGGCGUCUCGAUAGUCCGAAGGUUCAUUGGUCCGAAGGUUCAUUGGUCCGAAA